ACUGAGAGAAUGAAAGAAACCUAAUCAAGAGCGACACACUUGUAAACACAGCCUCACCCGGACAUACAGGUAUAACCGGUGAGAUGUACGGGUGGGUGUGUGUGAGGAAUGUGAUGGGAGUGGUGAAAGGGACAGACUGAGACACUGAAAAUAAGAGAAGUGCCAUAACAUAGCAGCCGGAGAGCCUGGGAGGGAGAGUGACGGAGAAAUGGCUGAAGCCCCAAAGAUCGAGCUCUUCAUCAAGGCGAGUAACGAUGGUGAGAGUGUGGGUAACUGUCCCUUCUGCCAGCGCCUCUUCAUGAUCCUCUGGCUGAAAGGUGUGAAUUUCACCCUCACUACUGUCGACAUGAAGAGGGCCCCGGAGGUUCUGAAAGACCUGGCCCCCGGCUCACAGCCCCCAUUUCUGCUUUACAACAACGAUGUACGCACAGACACUAACAAGAUCGAGGAGUUCCUGGAGGAGACGCUGGCCCCCCCUCAGUACCCUAAGCUCUGCUGUCGCUAUAAGGAAUCCAACGGUGCUGGAGAUGAUAUCUUCCACAAGUUCUCCGCCUAUGUCAAGAAUCCCAACCCUGGCCUGAAUGACAUGCUGGAAAAGAAGUUUCUGAAGAGCUUAAUGAAGCUGGACCAGUACCUGCUAACCCCGCUUCCAAACGAACUGGACAAGAACCCCAACAUAACAGAAUCUUCCAGGCUCUUCCUGGAUGGGAACACACUGACACUGGCAGACUGCAACCUGCUGCCCAAGCUCAACAUCGUGAAGGUUGUGUGCAGAAAGUACCGGGAUUUCGAGAUUCCUGCCGCCCUGAAGGGCCUGACACGGUAUCUGGAAAAUACUUACAAGCGGGACGAGUUCCGCUUCACCUGCCCCAACGACGCCGAGAUCCUGCUGGCCUACCACGCAGUGGCCAAGUACCUCACCAGAUAGAGAGCAACUGAAGCCAAGUCUAUGGAGAGAGAGGGAGAGAGAGGGAGAAGAGGGGAGGAGAGGAGAUGAAGGAAGAAACGCUUAUGUAUCAUUUUCCCUCCGGAGUAUCUGCCGUCACUGAUACAGUCCCAGCCCCCUGUAUGACUGCAUUUCAUUCUGCCACUUCUGGAUAAAUGUCACUUCUACGCAGCUCUAGCAGCACUGUAUAAAUAAAUGAACAUCGCAUUCCUCGUAGACCUAUCAGCUUAGACCAUUUGUUUCUGGAAGGCUUCCAUUAUGGUGGCGCUGGAUUUUCUUAAGGGACAAAUAUGCUUACAGCUUUUAAUUAGUUUUAUUUCACCUAAGAAAGAUUUUUGUUCAUUUUCAUAUCAUGGAGGCACAUGAAAGCCGCCCAUCUAGCUGUGUUUAGUAAUAUUGGUUUGUAUUAAUUCCUCUCUUUUAAUAAAGUAUUUAAAUGAUGAAUGAAGUGUGUAAA